CGCAGAAAGGAGCACGCACGAGCUCGGAGAGACUUCUCCUCGCUUCGUCGUCGCACGCACGCACGCACGUACACACAUCGUCCCUUCGCCGGCCACCGAUCGAUACCGUCUUCCAACUCUUUCGUCGCGCCCGAGAUCAAACGGCGCGAUCUUGAACACCGACCGACCCCAGGGUUUCGACAUGGCUCCGGCAAUCAAGAUCCUCGUUCUGGCCUGCGCCCUGCUCGCCGUAGCGAUGGCCGCCGAGUCGGACAACGAGGAGCAGCAAUCCGGCAGAUCGCGGGUUUCCGACGAACAACUGAAUAUGGCCCUGAGCGACAAACGUUACUUGAACAGACAGCUUAAGUGCGCCCUGGGAGAGGCGCCGUGCGACCCCGUCGGACGACGUCUGAAAAGUUUAGUGCCGCUGGUUCUGAGAGGCUCCUGCCCACAGUGCAGCACCGAGGAGACACGUCAGAUCAAGAAGGUCCUUUCUCACAUUCAGCGAUCCUUCCCGAAGGAGUGGAACAGGAUAGUGCAACAAUACGCCGGAGUUUCGUAAACGAGAUAUGAUAUAGCGCGCGCCGGUCACGACGAGGCUGGAUGUACAGAGAAUAUAGCAACGGAAUACGAAAGGAUACAAUGGAUCAUCUACGGGGAGGAUCGUCGAUCGCAUUCGUUCAUUUAAUAUUAUUGUUAACGAUGGCACGCGAGAGAAGUAUAGCUCAGCUGUAGAAAGAUAUACAUUUAAAUUAUCGUCAAAAGCACAUACGUAGAAAUUAGUUUUUAACAGGAUGUAAAGAUUUUAUCUGUAUUAUCCAUUAUUUGUAAGAUGUUGUACAUGUAUAAACUCUAUUCGCACGUUUGAUAUAUUCUGUUUUAAUAAAA